AUGGCGAGACACGAGCUUGUUGAUAAAGAUGCCAGAAUGCAAAACAAUGCGCAGGAACAAUGCAGAAUAUUUUUUUUCGUGUUUCAAACAAAAAAAGAAGUCAAGGAGUAUCAACCACACCAUCCUAUUGUCGACGAUCUCUUUUAUUGUGGUUUUGUUACCAUUUUAUUUACAUUGUGGAGAAUGUUUCAGGAUUUUGCUUGUGAGACUUGUUCAUCUCGUUCUCGGAAUAUUAAGCGCGAAAAUGAAACGAGCGAUUUAGUAUUUUGA